AGAGGAGCCCGUCCAUGGAGUUGGAAAAAGACGGCGGACGAGUCUAGGGGACGAGAGAGAGGGUGUCCAACGGUCGGUUCGGGGGGUUCAGUCUGUGUUCGCCCAUCAGAGACACACCAGCGGUGUAAUCUGGAGACAGCCGUUCCGUUCUCUCUAUCUCUUUCUCUAUCUCUAUCCGUCGAACUCGUGCAGAUCUCGCGUUCCUGUGUUUCGUGCUCCGUUCGUUCGUGUUUCUUUGGUAAUCUUUGUCUAUCUCUUUCUCGUUUGAUAACAGGAAACGAUCGACGUGCGAUACGCACGAACGUGAGAAGUGAGUGUGAUAAUGCUCGGAGUAUACGUGAUCAUUUUCGAGGUCUCUUAAAACGAUUUAAAGGUGCCAGCUUGUCGGGAGUGUCAGGAUCGACAAGACAGUUCCGUGUUUCUUGAGUUGAAAAAACAGGACAGAUAGAACAGAUCGAUGUUGAUCUAUCGUCGAUACUAGAAUCCUGACACCGAAGAGAAAAAGCUGAAAGGAGUGGAUCUGUCAUCUCCUUACUUUGUUUCCUCUAUCAAAAACGUCAGAAAGGAGGAUCCAUCUUCCCGCGUUUAACAAGAACCUUGAUAAACCAUCGAAAUUUUCUUAUCGCCUGCUAUUGGAUUCGUCAGCAUGACAGCUUUUAAAUUUGUGCCAAGGUCCUUUCUUUGCCCGUAGAAAGAAGUAAUUUCGACGAUGUACCAUCUAUACCAACUGUUGCGUUUCCGAUAGCAGUGUCCGAGUGAAAGGCAUAGACCGUCAAAACGCUUGCCGACGGACGAUCAUCGUAAUCGUGUUGAGCGAGCAUAUCUUUUCGUUAUCCAAACAAAUUGUCGGGUUGUUCUAAAUCGUUCGGAAGUUCAGUUAGGUAGUUAGAAGUCUCAGAGACAGAAGUUAUCGGGUGCACGUGGCACGGUUGGAUUGAGAUUUUCACUUGACGUAAAAUAAAAGAAAGAAGAGAGGAAGAAGAAGAAGAAAAAAUAAGAGGAAGGUGAUCAAGAGAGAGUGGAGGAGCCAAGUGGUGGUGGUAUUAGAACGGGUGGUGCGACGUUCGGGUACGCAAGUCGGCAGGCCGGGUCUGGGGUGCCAAGCCCGGGCGGGGUGAUGAGCUGCUCCGAGGUGAUGUAUCAAUAUUAUCAUCCUUACCUCUAUUCGAGGGCACCGCCGCCGCCGCACCCGACCCACCCCCAUGCGGCCCCACAUGCGAAUCCCCAUGCGGCCCAUCACAGUCCGGCAAGGCCGGCACCUUUUCAACCGUUUUCCUCCGCCACGGCGACGCAUCAGUACGACAGGUUGAACGUACACCAAAGGUCUCUGGAAGCGGCGGGUUUAGAACUUUGUGGUGGUGGAGGUAGUGUACCGCAAGGUCAACCAAGUAGCGCUGGUUCGGUGGGAUCAGCACCGAGUCCGGCAUCACCUCGACCAACUCCUCAACCUCGACCACCUCUCGCGACUACUACAUCUCAGCCUUCGCGAACCCUCGACGAUGACAGAUCGACCGACGGGGCUGCUACAGCGGCAGAGGAUUCGGACGAUGGUGAGAGUAGGGCGCAGUAUGUUAGCGCAAACUGCGUUGUCUUCACUCAUUACAGAGGGGAUGCCGCAUCUGAGGUUGAGGAACAUUUCCAACGGGCACUGGCUCAUGACAAGCCCAAAGAAAAUAUCUCCCCCAUGUCGAUGAGGAACUUCCCACCAUCCUUUUGGAACAGUCAGCAUCCCAGCGAUGUUUACGAGUAUCCAACGGAUCCAUGGCACGCGCAUUAUGCUCCGUACCAGCAUAGAGCGGUGCACGAGUAUCAUCAGCAUAACAUGGCCGCUGCAGCGAGUUACAGCGGGUUACUUUUGGGUAGUGCGAGAGGACAUCACACGUCGCACCACGCGGCUCACCACGCGGCACACCACGUGCACGCAGCGGCCUCAUAUAAGGACUGGACGUCGGCAACGCCCUCUCAGUCGCUUGUUGACGUGUCCUCGGCGCCGCCUUACCCUCAUGGUCCUUAUGCCUCCCUUUCCGGUCUCGAGUCGCAAGUGCAGGAUUCCAAAGAUCUCUACUGGUUCUAGAAGCGAGCGCCGAAAUCUCGCGAACCGAACUGAUGAACCGCGUGAUUAUUUUUCAUGAACGCGAGGAGUCCAUUUUAGCUCGUCGUUUGUUCUUUCGACGAGAAUUUCGUACGAGCUUAUUGUUAGUCGGAACGAAGGGAAAAACGAUAAAGAAGAAGAACUUUGUUAGGAACGUCGAGAGAAACACAAUGAAAAAGAUAAAAGAAGGAGAAUUGGAGUGUAUAUAGUGUUACCUAAAUCUUUUAAGGAUCUACGAUUAGUGUAAACUCAAAAUAGUAUUAGAGAAACGAUUGCGCGCACUAUUACCUUCAUAGUGACUGCUGUUCGAUGCUGAAAGGAAUCUCUAGUUCACAUAGCGUGUAGGUAAUUAGAUCGUCGAGGACAAAUUCCGUCAACUGGGAACUGCAGGCGAGAAAUUUUUUUUCGAUCUUUUUAUUCGUUGGACCAAAUCGCUGGAAAAUGGAAACCGAUCCUUUGAAAUAGUAGAUUAGAUGCGUUUUGUGAGCGAAAAUUUUUGAGGGAGUUUGUCCUGGUUUUUGCGAAUCUAAAGUUUCCAAAUAAUCGCGGACGAAGGAUUACUUUUAUCGAAUAAUAAAGAAACGAUCUACACGUAUGUUUUUUAUUUUAGAUCGUCAUUGUGAUAAUAGAUAAAAUGGAAAGAAAGAGAGAGAAAGAGAGAGAGGGAGAGAAAGAAGUCAUCGGAAAAUAAUCGGUACGACUCUGCGUGUUAUUUGGCGAAUUUAGAUGCGAGCGAUUUAAGUAAAGUAUUUAUUGACCAAUGACCUUGCCAUAUAUUAUAUAUUGCUAUUACUAUUGUAUCAUAACAAGCUGGGCGCUACGAGAAGAUUCCGAAACAUCUCCAAGUCGGCGAAUUAAAACAAAAAAAAACAAAACACGAAGAAAAAAGAGAGAUAGUUAUUAUACCCGAAGUGUCGCCAUUUUUUUCUUUUUUAUACCUACAUCCUCGAUCGCUUCGCGCAGCAUGGCCAUUGCUUUUAACGACAAACUGUCUUCGUCGGCAGAUGAUAAAAUAAAUAAUUCGUCAAUACCACAAUAA